CGUGGACUUCUUCACGCAGAUAAAUAUGCUCUACGGUACCCUGGCAGAGUUCUGCACAGAGAGUACCUGUCGAGUCAUGUCUGCCGGUCCGAAAUACCAGUACUACUGGGCUGAUGGCCAGUCAAUCAAAAAGCCCAUCAAAUGUCCCGCCCCACAGUACGUCAACUUCCUCAUGUGUUGGGUGCACAAACAGCUCGAAAAUGAGGCCAUAUUUCCCUCAAAAAUUGGUAAGUAG